AAGCACAUUACCCUUCAUGUCCUUGCGACGAGAUGACGGAUGCUCAUCAACCUGCAACUCAGGAUGUGGGCGAGAAGAGGCAGUGUGGGAAAUGCCGGCGUCGGAUCUCUCUGGUUGAGUCCACCAUUAAGUGCAGAUGUGGAUUAGCUUUCUGCGAACGCCACAUGGCAGCAGAAAACCACGAGUGUGCCUUUGAUUGGCGCCAGAUGCAAAGGGAGAAGAUUGCCCGGGAGAAUCCAAAGGUGGUUCUCCAGGCCAAUAAGCUGAAAUCAAGUAAGGAUUGGUGCGCGCAGUACUGUAAACAUCAUCCAGUAGCGACCUGGGGCGAGAGGUGUUCUCAACUGAUGCACUUGCUGGGGGCUUUGCUGGUGGUUGCUUUCAAUGCUUCAGGCAUCUGGAGGGCAGCAAUGCAAGUUCAGAUCAUGUCUUGGAUACGACAGGCCGUUUUGGGAUACUGCAUUGGGUUUUUGUGUGCCCAUGCAUUGCCACGUUGCUGCGGAACUCCUCCCUCCUCCUGCUGCUUCUGCAUCUUUUCCUGGGAUGUUCUGUCCAUGCCACAGUGGUGUUUGGAAGCGGAAUGGGAGCAAGCGAAGGAGCAGUUGAUCUAUGCCAUCACCGGUGGCAAGAGAAACUGCCUGACGCGAAAAUUGUACGAUGGUCCCAGGAGUCUUCCAUCGAUUCUCCAAACAGUCGUGGCCAAGUUGCAAGAAGGCUCACAAGGGGGCUUCAAGUGCUCUUGAUGAAUCCUUGAGAAGCAGAAGUGAAGGCCCAAGGAGAGGUCUUUGCACCGAGUUUGAAGGUGCUCACAGAGAGGAGGCCUUGGAGCGACAGCAGGAGAUGUGUUGCGGAAGGUAGCUAGCAGCAGCGAGCAGAAUGACGCAGCGGGAAAA